AUGACAGAAAUGAAUGAUGUAUUGAGUGGUUGUUUAGAGUGCAAACAUUGUGGAGACGUGGUCCCCUCUCUGGAGGCAGUUCCCAAACAUACAUGCUUUAUUGGCAAGGAAGUAUUCAUGGAAAAAAAUCGAUUCUUGUUUACACCAAGUUUUUCGGCCACAUCCGAAAGCAGAAUAAUUCCCACUGACUCCAAUGGAACAGAAAAUGUGAAAAACCAAUCCAUUGAAAACAAGCAAGUUAAAGUAUGGACUAAACAAUCAACCUUGGCCCUGAUAAGUUUGUAUGAAGCCAAUAUACCACUGGCUGAUACUCCAUAUAGAAAAAAAAAAGUUUGGGAAGCCAUAUCAACAGGUCUUCAACGGUAUGGUAUAGAGGUGAACAGUGACCAAGUGCGAUGGAAAAUGAACAGCUUAUUUAAAAAAUAUAAAGAAUGUGUGGAUAACAAUGCAAAAUCUGGAACAGCUCCCAUGACCUUCGAGUUUUAUGAACAUCUUGAAGCGAUCUUAGGUCAAAACAAAUCAGCAGUGGGUGCCCACACUACGGCAUCGAAACUUCCAACAGCAGUCGAUAGCAUUGCAAAAAAGCAACAUCCUAAGGAAAGUCUUUCACCACGACGUAACUCCAAUGUUGAAAAUGAGAUUGAACUUGACUUUACAGGAACCUCGAAAAAUACUUUUAUCCUUGGCAAAAGAAUGCGAUUGGGGUGUAAGCCUAAUGUUGAAAAUGAAGUAGAAUGUAGCCUUCCAGAAAAAUCAAAAAGUACUUUCCCCGCUGACGAAAAACUACCGGCCAAUGUUGAUAAUGAGAUUGAACUUGGCUCUCCAGGAGUUGCAAAGAAUAAUUUCUUCGCCAGCAAACGACUGCAAGUAAAGCAUGGCACCGGUUCGAACAUUGCACGUGGUAAAGCGCAACUGCAAGCACAGUGGUUAGAGUAUCUCGAGGGCAUAAAAAAACGUGACGAAGAACGUUUGCUGAGUUUUGAAAGACAGCGUCAAAUACAAGAACAACGGCUAGAAUUAAAAAAAGCCUUGACUGAAAAGAAAAUCGAAUCCAAAGAGCGUAGGCACAAGGAGAUUAUGAAGACUGAAAAACUGAAGAUUAAACUAUUAGAAAAGAUAGUUCAUAAUAAAGAGAAUAUAUCAGAAAGCAGCGACUCUAAUUGAAAAAAGUAUCGACAAGUCCAUCAAGAGUAUUUU